CUGCCACGUAGCUCACACUUCCUGGCGAGCCGGCAGUUUUCCAGGAGCAUCUUCAGUGGUUUAACCCGCUCUGCUGAUCACGAUGAUGUCUUCUAAGAAACUAAUCCAGUCCUGCACAGCCUGACUGAAAUGUCUAUAUAAUAGGACAGAAGCAAUGGGUGGCUCCAUCCUCCUAUUGGCCAGUGUAGUGUCCGCUUUGGGUGGCCUGGUCUUUGGUUAUGAGCUGGGCAUCAUCUCAGGAGCUUUGUUGCAGCUGAAGGCAGAGUUCAGGCUCUCAUGCAUCCAGCAGGAGGCUCUGGUCAGUUCUUUGUUGAUUGGAGCUCUACUAGCCUCCACCGUGGGUGGCUGCUUGAUCGACCGCCACGGCCGCAGGAACACCAUGCUCCUCAGCAACAUCCUGGUCCUGACCGGCAGCCUGGUCCUGCUCAUCAGUUCCUAUCCUGCGCUGGUGGCUGGCAGGAUCACAGUAGGCUUCGCCAUGUGUAUUUCCUCCAUGUCCUGCUGCAUCUUUGUGUCUGAGAUGGUUAACCAGGAUCACAGGGGUUUCCUGGUGACAUUGUACGAAGCUGGGAUCACUGUGGGUAUCCUGGCAGCUUAUUCCUUCAACUACAUUCUUUCUGACUCCCGGAGAGGGUGGAAGUGGAUGUUUGGAUUUGCUGUAUUUCCAACUUUGGUUCAGCUGGUCUCUAUCUGGUUUCUUCCAUCUAGCACUAAGGAAUCUUUAAGAUAUGACUGCAAUCAUGCUGAAAGAGACCUCAUGAGCCCCACUGAAACCCAAGACACAGAUGACUCAAAAGUCAGCUCCAGCAAGGACAACAAGAAGGUUCAGUACCACUUCAUGUAUCUGUUCCAGCGUAAAGACAAUAUGAGAACUCGGACUAUAAUUGGGCUCGGAUUGGUGCUCUUUCAGCAGUUCACAGGUCAGCCAAACAUCCUCUUCUAUGCCUCCACCAUAUUCCAUUCAGUGGGGUUUCAGGGCAACGCCUCGGCAGUGCUGGCUUCUUUGGGUUUGGGAUUGGUCAAAGUGAUUGCCACUCUGACCUCGAUGGUGUUUUCAGACAGGGUGGGCAGGAGGCCUCUGCUCAUCAUUGGAUGUUCCAUUAUGGCGCUGUGUCUGAUAACCAUUGGACUCCUCAGUGGACAUUCACUGAUGAAUGCUAAGAGGCCAUGUAAUUCUGACGAUUUCAACAUUAACAUAACAGAUCUACCUCAUUUAACUGAUGGUAAUAUAUCAGUUUUUGACACACCUCUUGAUGAGAGCCAAAGGCUUUUUAAUAACAAAACACAAAAUGAAAAUGUAGUAUUUGAGAAAGCUGGACAAAAACCACUGGAACCUCGUCCAGAGUCUUCUUCGAACAUCUAUGGCACAGUUGUGAACUGGAUCAUUCUCGCGUGUAUGAUGGCUGUUGUCAGUGCGUACUCCGUUGGAUUUGGACCAAUGACCUGGCUUCUCCUGAGUGAAAUAUUUCCAGCUGCCAUCAGAGGAAGGGCAUUUGCAUUCACCAACUGCUUCAACUGGGCUGCCAACCUGUUGGUCACAUCCACUUUCUUGAAUGUUAUUGAUGCAAUUGGUCUGUCGUGGAUGUUUUUGUUGUACGGGGUGAUUGCUGUGGCAGCUGGAAUUUUCUUCUACUUCAUGUUACCAGAAACCAAGGGGAAGACUCUGGAGGAGAUAGACAAGGAGCUGCGUUUAAACAGGUUUUACUACAGUGAGGAGUGCUGUGGCUGCAUCAGCCGGAGAAAGACUUCCCCACGGUACCAAAGAGUGUACUGUCAAGUUAGCACCUCAGGGUGAAUACUGUAAAACUGCUAUACUGACAAGGCAUCACUAAAAAAGUGUUUUAGCGUACUACACACACUGAAGACAAAGAGAACAAAGUGAUCAAUCCCACUCAAACUGACAUAAAAAUCAUGAUGAUUGAAAGUAGAUAUUACUGUGUUGCACUUGAUACUGAAAUCUAUGUGUGGUAUCUUUAUGAAACUUGUUGAUAAAGUGUGUUUUCUUA